AUGCAACGUGUUCUCUCAAACAUCGGUCUGGUCAUUGAGUGUCGCGACUUCCGCGUCCCACUCACAUCAUGGAACCCGCUCCUUGAGAAGUCUCUCAUGUCAUCCGCCUCGCCAGUCGGCGGCGGCGAGCGCGCCCGAAUCAUAGUUUAUACUAAACGGGAUCUGGGACCGACAGCCUCUGACGCCGCCACGGAAGGGCCUUCCGGCAGUGAGAUCGUCAACCGACUGGCAGCUUUCCAUCAGCGAGAAGGUCACGCAUCGGCGGUCGUGUUUCUCGGCAAGGGCGGCGCGGGUGGCACGAAAUUGUUGGAUGUGGUGAAGCGCGUGGCGCGCGAGCACGACAGCCUGACUGGCUUGCGGGCGCUGGUGGUCGGUAUGCCGAACGCCGGCAAGUCGACGCUGCUGAAUCGCCUGCGCGCACAGGGCAUGGGACUCGGCAAGGCGGCCAAGACAGGUUCAGAGCCAGGCGUGACGCGCAAGCUCGGCACACCGGUACGCAUCGUGCCCGGCGGAGACGGCGCUGAGAACGAGGACGGCAGCCGAGGCGGAGGCUUCGGCGAGGGCGUGUACAUCAUGGACACGCCGGGCGUGUUUGUGCCGUACGUCAGCGACGCCGAGAGCAUGCUCAAGCUGGCGCUGGUGGGCUGCGUCAAGGAUGGGCUGGUCUCGCACGUCACCGUGGCCGAUUACCUGCUCUACCACCUGAACCUGCGCGACCCGGCGCUGUACGCGGCGUACUGCGGCGAGCCGACCAACGAUGUCCACGAGUUCCUGCGCGGCGUGGCACGGCGCACGGGCAAGCUCGUCAAGGGCGGCGAGCCGAGUCUCGAGGGCGCGGCGGACUGGAUCAUCAAGGAGUGGCGCAACGGCGAGCUCGGCCGUUUCGUGCUGGACGAGGUUAACGACCGCACGCUCGCGGCCGCCGUCAAGGCUAGCGCGGAGCCGCCCAUGAGCAUGAACCAGGCGCGAAAGAGGGAGAAGGAGCUGCGUAAGGCGAGACAGAUGGAACGGAUGGCGACUCAGGCACAGGAUGCUGUAUGA